CCCAGUCGGCUAUCUGGUCCGUCCUGUGUCGCGGCCAAACUCUCCAGUCGUUCCCCAGAGUCGAGUCCCCGCCCAGGCAGCUUUAGCAUCCUGCAGUGGCCUGCUGGCACCAGCGCGAGGCCUGGCAGUGGUUGUGCAGUGCAUCGGCAGCUGUCCGUCAGCGCGCAACGGCCACUAUCUUAGGUACCUACCUGUACCACUAGCUGCAGUCCAGUGCAGUGUCCCUCGUCUCGCUGGCUCCCCGUUUAAGGAAGCCCGCUGAAAUCUGAACCUUGACCUGGAGCAAAAAGCCCGAGAUGGCGACCACGACGCGGCUGAGGGCCUAUCAAAGCUUUGUCAUGCCCUCUGGAUCUGCCGAAAAGGCCCAGCAGCAGCCCGUAGGCUCGGGCUCGGGCUUUCCAAGCGCCAACCUCUAUCCAAGCAAAAACAUUUGGUCGUCCUUCCCUCAGACCAACCGAGAUCGUGCUGCGGGAUCCAAAGAAGAAAAUCCCACUGGCUCGAGCGCUCUCCACGCCAAUUCCGAGGCCGAUGUCUGGGGCUCCAACUCCAAGCCCUGGGGCACAGAAAACCCUGCCCGCUCCGUCAGCAACUCUCCCGGCCGAGCACGAGAUGCAGGCAUUCCGAAUGCCUCUGGCUUUUAUGCGAAUCAUCACCCGUCAGCCAUUGGCAUGAAGAAGGAGUCUUUGGGCGCUCCCGGCACCUUUGUUGAUGAGACCGAGGCAGCGUUCGCCUUUGCUGCUGCCGCUCAGAAGCGAGGCCCCCAAGAUGCAGCCUACAUGGAUCCCAUGGCAGCCUUUGCACAGGCUCGAGAUGCUAGCCUUCCGCCCUCUCGACAGUCGCAAGGCUCUCCAGCCUAUGCUGAAAUAUAUCAGGGCAGCGGCCAUACUCCCAGCAACUCCAUCCACUCGACCAGACAGCACCCUCUAUCUUUCCCCCAAGUAGCGAAUCAGCGAGCAUUCAGCCUCAACAGACAAGUUGAUGACGAUCUCUCCUUGAGAAUGGCCCCCUGCUUUCUAGUGUAAGGCGCCCUUCUCUCGAUAGAGUCUCGCCGGCGCCCGGCUCGACCUACCGCUUGGACUCGGGUUCUAGCUCAAGAGCUUUCGCUCCGGGUGCAGAUGCUUGGAUGAGCAGGCCAUCCUCACGAGGCCAGCGGACGGCCGAGCAUGAGCGGAGGCCCUCAG